UUGUCCAGGCGGAAGUUGUCCUCCUGGAAUGGCUGGGCUGGUGUCAUCAUAAUCGUAGGCGUGCAGUCGGGCCGAGAGCAUGGCGUCGUCGGCGGCGGCGGCGGCGUCGCUGGGCGAUCUCUGGGCGGAGGCUCCUCCGGAGAGGCGCAUCUUCCUGGCGGUGCUCCUCUUCUCCUGGGCCGUGUAUCUCUGGGAGGCGCUGCUCGCCUGGCGGCAGAGGACUGUGUACAGGACAACCACCCAUGUCCCACUGGAAUUGGGGCCAAUUAUGGACUCGGAAACAUUUGAAAAAUCUCGCCUUUAUCAAUUGGAUAAAAGUGCUUUCAGCUUUUGGUCAGGACUAUACUCAGAGAUUGAGGGCACAGUGAUACUUCUGUGUGGAGGAAUUCCUUUCCUUUGGUCUGUCUCUGGAGAUAUUUCCAGCCGUGCGGGUUUUGGGUCUGAGUAUGAAAUCGUUCAGUCAUUGGUCUUCUUGUUGCUUGCUACACUCUUCAGUGCAGUCACAGGUCUGCCUUGGAGCCUCUAUAAUACUUUUGUCAUUGAGGAAAAACAUGGCUUCAAUCAGCAGACUCUGGGAUUCUUCUUUAAAGAUGCGAUCAAGAAAUUCAUCGUGACUCAGUGCAUCCUUUUGCCAGUGACAUCACUUCUACUUUACAUUAUCAAAAUAGGCGGAGAUUAUUUCUUCAUUUAUGCGUGGCUUUUCACUUUAGCAGUUUCUUUGGUUCUUGUCACAAUCUAUGCAGACUACAUUGCUCCAUUGUUCGAUAAAUUCAUUCCACUCCCUGAAGGAGAGCUCAAGCAGCAUAUUGAGGCGAUGGCAAAGAACAUAAAUUUUCCUCUGACAAAGGUUUAUGUUGUAGAAGGUUCCAAACGGUCUUCCCACAGCAAUGCUUAUUUCUAUGGCUUCUUCAAGAAUAAGCGUAUAGUGCUGUUUGACACCCUCCUGGAAGAUUAUUCUGCCCUUAACAAAGAACGCUCUGAGGAACCUGGAUCAGAGACUCAGACAGCUGAAGAAAAUGAAGAAGAUGCCGAAGCAAAGUCCAAAGCCAAAAGUAAAAAGCAAGGUUGCAAAAAUGAAGAAGUCUUGGCGGUGCUGGGCCAUGAGCUGGGCCACUGGAAACUUGGCCACACUAUUAAAAAUAUUGUCAUAAGCCAGAUGAACUCCUUCUUAUGUUUCUUCUUGUUUGCUGUGCUGAUUGGUCGAAAAGAACUCUUUGCCGCCUUUGGAUUCUACGACGCACAGCCAACUCUGAUAGGCCUUUUAAUCAUCUUUCAGUUUAUUUUCUCACCUUAUAAUGAGGUUCUCUCCUUCUGCUUAACUGUAUUAAGCAGGAGAUUUGAAUUUCAAGCUGAUGCCUUUGCCAAGGAACUUGGAAAGGCGAAAGACUUGUAUUCUGCACUCAUCAAGCUGAACAAAGAUAAUCUUGGAUUCCCCGUUUCAGACUGGUUGUUUUCAAUGUGGCAUUACUCUCACCCUCCGCUGUUAGAAAGACUUCAAGCUCUGAAGGAAUCUAAGCAAGACUGAAAGAAAGAACUCCUGGCUCAGUGACAGACUUUCUAUCCCAAAUUCAAAUCCCUGUUUUUAAAUAGCAUCACAUACACACUUCCAAGCACACCAUUCUCCAUAAAGACAAGCGUGUUUCACCUCGUUGGAAACUAGCUGCCAGAAAUCCUAUUUGCAAAUAAACAAAGAGAAAUAACCUUGUGGGGACUGUGUUGGGAGAAAUAUAAUGCGUAAGAUUGGUCUCAGUCGCAAAAGAGCUGGAGGGGAAAAUAAGUUGUCAGAACCUGAAGUGUUCAUGCUUGAAUUUGUUGAAAGCUUUGAAUGUGACUUUUGUACCUUUUAAGGACUGUGUCUGGGUGUUCUUUCACAGGAAACUUCUAGCUUUCCUACCUCAUCCGUGUGGGGGUAACAAAACUAGAAAUCUACCCUGCCUUUAUCAUUUGGGAUUCAAACAUUUGGACCAGGCUGUUUCAAGUUGGUGUCUUCCAGGUGCGUUGGACUCAAAAUCUCAUCAUCCCUGGCCACCAUCAUGAGGUAUAGUGUAGUCUGACACAUUGGGGAGCAUCAGCUUGGGGAAGGUUGAAGUAAUAAUUAACACUUUGUUCAAGUUCAUACUUGCAGUGAAUAAGAAAAAGACUUUGCAGAGAUGAGUGAAGCCACCUUUUUUUCCCCUGAACGGGGGACUGAGAAUAAAUUGCAGCUGAUAAACAA